AUGACGGAAAGCCGGGAGACAUGCUUCUGGAUAUUCUUGUUCGUGCUAUCAAAAAUCCCCGAACUGGGCGACACGGUGUUCCUACUGCUGAAGAGGCAACCCCUGACCUUCCUGCAUUGCUACCACCACGCGACGGUUAUCUUGUUCACGGCUCACAUCUACGUGGACUUCGCGGCGACGGGCAUCUGGUUCUGCGCGCUCAACUACGUCGUGCACGCAUUCAUGUACUCGUACUACACAGUUAGGACCGUGGGGUUCCGGGUGCCUCGGUGGAUCGCGAAGGUCAUCACCUGCCUGCAGAUCUUGCAGAUGGUGCUGGGGACUGCUGCCACGGCGGGAGCGUUCUACUACAAAAUGCGACGCGUUCCGUGUCAAAUGAAUGGUGCCAACAUCGUGGUUUCCCUUGCCUUAUACUUGAGUUACUGGGUUCUCUUCUCCAUCUUCUUUCGGAAUUCGUAUGUUAAAACUGUCAGCAAAUGCAAGACUCAGUAA